AUGUCUACACGGGGAGAUGACCGCUCCUAUAAAGUCGUGUACGCCAGCCGAACCAGAGAUGAAAUCGAUGACCGGGUCCCCACCCGGAAGCCAAGGCGGGAAUAUGACUACAAUGAUGAGUAUCGUGUUGAAAAGUCAUACUCACGAGACUAUCGUGAUGACCGCAUUGAGGUUGAUAGAAGAUCAAGGACCAGUGACAUACGCACUCAAUUGCCCCCACCAGCAGGUGCGACAAGGACAACUUACGAAGUCGGCCGCGAUAGAAACUCCGAAUCAUAUGUCAAACGUUCCAAUGCUGUGAUUAUUGAUCGACCCCAUGAUCAUGGUCGAUACGAGUAUGAGGUUCUGCGACCCCAGCGGAGAGAUGAUGGAACUUACGUCGUCGAUCUUGAUGGCGGACGCUCCCGCGGCUAUCUGGUUGAUGUCGACUCGAGGGGUUAUGACCAAACUCCACGCUCAAGAUAUGCCGAUCCACCAUUGACGACCUCCAAGAAGGUUGAUGAUGUGUUUAUGUAUGAGAACAUUCGAGGUGGAGGUCGUGAUAGAACAGUGAGAGAUGUUCGUUACAAGGAUGUUCAGGUUACGGAAGAAAUCGACGACGACGGUCGCUACAGCCGCCGAGGGCGCACUUCGGACGCUUAUGUCGACGAUAUUGCUCCACCGAAACGACUCAAGAGUGCAAUGCGCGGCGGCAAUAAUUCUCCACCCUCUCUCGCGGGACGACGCAGCGAACACAGUGUAGGAUUUUACAGAGAUCAAAUCAGUCACCACGAUGCUAGUGAAAGCAAGCACGAAAGACCCGGGGCCGAGGCACACCUGGCUGGUCGCUAUCUCGUUGGUAAUGGAGAGUUUGAGGACGGUCUCUAUGCGGCGGGUUACACUCGCCGAAACAGGAGCCGAAGCCGCUCCCGAGUGAGAUACGGUCCUCAGAGGAGUGACCCGAGAGUCCAUGAGCACGAGGAAGAGGAUGAUGAGCGACGGACAUAUACAGAGGAAACAAUGCGACAAUAUGAAUAUGAAGAUGACCAACAGCCCCGGUAUCCUCCUCAGAGGAGCCACUCUCGAGGCCGACACCACCAUCGUCACCACCGUGAUGAUGACCGCUCGAGCUACUCGGACUACGACACUGAAGUGAUCAAACGAACCACAAAGGAAUAUUACCGAUAG